GAACGUAACGCGAGCCUUCAAAGAAAUCGUGUUUAGUUGGCUUAUUUUGGAGGCACAUGUAGUUUUGCCUGUAUUUAAACGCAUAAUACUGAAUAGAAGUUCAUCAUAAUUGAUUAAAUAACUAUUCACAAUGCAGGGGCCAGCAGUAUUUAUGGACAUAUCGCUGGAAGAUCAAGCGCUAGAACUCCGGAAAUAUUUCAAAAGUCUUGGGGCUGAAAUAUCUGAAGAAAAAUCUCCGAAAGGAAUUGAAGAUGAUCUCCAUAAGAUAGUAGGAGUUUGUGAUGUGUGCUUUAAAGAACCAAAUGAGUCCGAUAUUGAAGCUAUACUAAACAGUAUUGUUUCCAUAAUGGUGUCUAUUCCAUUAGAGAGGGGUGAAAACCUUAUUCUAGCUUUUAGUCAGAGGCUUACAAAAGCUCCUGGUCCUAGACUGGGAAUGGUAGCCCUGCAGUCUUUGUGGCGUUUAUACAAUAACCUUGAAGCCAAUUCACCUCUCCGUUACCAUGUUUAUUACCAUGUUAUCGAGCUUGCAGCACGUGUUGGCUUCGUCCGAGAAGUGUUUACGGGUGUGGAACAACUACGGAAAGAGUUUGCAAACUGCCCACCUUCCAAUGAGCAAAUGCAGAAAUUAUACAGAUUAUUGCACCAGGUGUUAAAAGACCAAAAUAGUGAAUUGGCAGCAAAAGUAAUGAUUGAGUUAUUAGGUACAUACACUGAUGAAAAUGCUUCAUAUGCCAGAGAGGAUGCUAUCAAAUGUAUUGUGACAGCUUUGGCUGAUCCAACCACAUUCCUUUUGGAUCCCCUUUUGUCAUUGAAACCAGUAAGAUUCCUGGAAGGAGAACUAAUACAUGAUCUACUCACUAUUUUUGUUUCGGAGAAGUUGUCCAGUUAUCAAGCUUUUUAUAAUAAUCACAAAGAAUUUGUUCAGUCCCAAGGGUUGAAUCAUGAACAGAACAUUAAGAAAAUGAGAAUACUGUCAUUUAUGCAAAUGGCAGAAUCUAAUCCUGAAAUCACAUUUGAUGAAAUUACAACAGAACUUCAAAUUGAAGAGAAAGAUGUUGAAGCAUUUAUUAUCGAAGUGUUAAAAACGAAAUUGGUACGUGCACGUAUGGACCAAGCAUUACGCGUAGUGCGUGUGUCGAGUACGAUGCAUCGCACAUUCGGUCACGCGCAGUGGCUGCAGCUGCGUGACGUAUUGCGAGCGUGGCGGGCUAACGUACAGCAAGCACAAGACGCGAUGGAUGGCGUCACUGUUGCCCAACAAGAAUACGCUGCACAGCAGAAGCCAUAGCCGCGUGUCAUCUAUAUGUCUCGCAUCUAUGAUUACAAAUUCCCCACCAGAUGCCAAUGAGGAUCUUAAAUCAAUGGAAUAUUCCAAUGAUUGUUGUAUUAUCUAAUAAUUAGGUAUGGAUAAACAUAGAUGCGGAUCAUUUGUAAUUAUAUCAUUUAUAU